GGCUGCAGCCCUAGGCGGGCCAGUCGGUUUCGGGGAGGGAGCAGCCGCGGGGCGGGAAGUCGCUGCCCGGGCGGGAGGUCGCUGCCCGGGCCGGAGCCGAGCCCGGCGAUGGCUGCAGCGGGGCCGGCGCAGCUCCAGGUGGCGUUUGAGGACGUUGCUCUGUAUUUCACCCGGGAGGAGUGGGAGCUCUUAUCUAAGCAAGAGAAGCUGCUGUACCGGGACCAGAUGCUGAGCAAUAACCAGGCCCUCAUUUCCCUGGGCUAUUCAGGUUCCACGCCGGACUUAAUCCACCGGAUUGAGCUAGGGGAGGCAGAGCUCUGGAUUCAGGAUGUCGAGGACUCUAAAGAAAGCUCGGGAUCUGAGAGCCCCUCCUCAGCAGGGCUCGGGAUCCCGGGAGGAACGAGGGCAUGGGCAGAAUGUGGGGAGAGCACGGCAGGAAUGCAGGAUCCCACAUCACACAGGGGGAUCCAUGCACAGGACUCAGUCCAUCCCUGGGGUAAACUCAGCCAGAGACCGGAUCUGGCUACACACCAGAGACUCUCCAUCGGCCAGCGUCCUGACCGCCGCAUCAAUUGCGGCAAGAGGUUCAGCAACCCCUCCGCACUGACCCAGCACCAGCGCUGGCAUAUCGGGGAGAGGCCGUACCACAGCGCUGCCUGUGGCAGGAGCUUCAGGCAGUCCUCAAUCCUGAGAACACACCGGGGCACGCACACCAGGGAGCGGCCGCACCACUGCUCUGACUGCGGCAAGGGCUUUGCACAGAGCUCAAGCCUCAGUAGACACCAGCUCACGCACACCGGGGAGCGGCCACAUCGCUGCACUGACUGCGGCAAGGGCUUUGCACAGAUUUCACACCUGAGAGUCCAUCAGCUCACACACACCGGGGAGCGGCCGCACCGCUGUGCUGACUGUGGCAAGGUCUUUGCACACAGCUCAAGCCUCAGCAUACACCAGCGCGCACACACUGGGGAGCGGCCGCACCGCUGUGCUGACUGCGGCAAGGGCUUUGCACAGAUUUCACACCUGAGGGUCCAUCAGCGCAGACACACCGGGGAGCGGCCGCACCGCUGUGCUGACUGCGGCAAGGGGUUUGCAUGCAGCUCAAGCCUCAGCAGACACCAGCGCACACACACUGGGGAGCGGCCGCACCGUUGUGCUGACUGCGGCAAGGGCUUUGUACAGAGCUCAAGCCUGAGAAGACACCAACGCACACACACCGGGGAGCGGCCGCACCACUGUGUUGACUGUGGCAAGGGCUUUGCACGCAGCUCAAGCCUCAGCAGACACCAGCGCACCCACACUGGGGAGCGGCCGCACCGCUGUGCUGACUGCGGCAAGUGCUUUAUACAGAGCUCAAUCCUGAAAAGACACCAGCUCACCCACACCGGGGAGCGGCCGCACCGCUGUGCUGACUGCGGCAAGGGCUUUGUACAGAUUUCAAACCUGAGAGUCCAUCAGCGUACGCACACCGGGGAGCGGCCGCACCGCUGUGCUGACUGCGGCAAAGGCUUUGUACAGAUUUCACACCUGAGAGUCCAUCAACACACGCACGCCGUGGAGGGGCCGCACUGCUGCGCUGACUGUGGCAAGCGCUUUGCUAGGUUGGCCAAUCUCAUCCGGCACCAAAUCACACACAGCAGUGCCCCCCUGGCAACGCCACAGCCUAAGGGGCUUCUGGCAGCCAGUGGGCCUGGCACAGCGCCAGCAGGUGUGAACCAGGGAGUGGUCCUGUUCCCAUGAUGCCUGACAGAGACACUGUGUGGGGCAGGGAAGGGGGCUUGGCUGAAGAGUCAAGUGGGGAAGAGCAGACAGGUGGAGGGAAUUUAGAGCAGAUGGUCACAGCCUACUCUAUUUGGGAGCAUCCCCACCCCCACCCCCUGUAGGUGGGAUCCAGCCAGGCCUUUCUCUUUCUGUCCCACACUCAUGCAUCUCGCUGGGAUGCAGCCAGGACACCCCUCACCCCCCUCUAGAUGGGACCCAGCCAGGAAAUUCCCCACACACCUACCUCAGUUCCAGUCAGCGAGUGACUCUUGGGUGACAUCUAGAGGUGGAAUUUGCAGUCCUGUCUCAGCAUGGAUUGGGCUGAGAGCGGGACAGCCCGGCUGCAUGUGAUUGAAAGAUGAUGCAGGAACUACUUCUGCUAUCUUUUUAAAUACAAAUGUGAUGAAGAACUAUGUACUUAAUGUGUUACAAAGGUCUGUUUAACCAGGGUGGAUUUGAUUUAAAUCACGAGUCAGGAAGACUCGAUUUAUGUAGAAAUCCGUGAUUAAAAGUGCAUUCUUGUUGGUUGUUAUAACCUUAAUACAUAUUCUUCACAACUAA